GAACAUCUCACCUCACCGCACAUCCGGGACAAGCAGAGGCAACCGCAUCGACUACCGUCCUCCGUGCGGCUCUUCUCCGCUUCGCCGCAGGCAGAGAGAAACAAAGUACAGCUACGACGUAAGAAACCUCGCAACACCACUUAGGACAGGGUCUUGUGCACCUACAACCAACGCACGAUCAGCGCUUUUGUUCCUCUGGAGGCUGUAUCAUGCCAAGAUGAUGAUCUACGAGAACCCGUUACACGAUGCCGUUCUUCCCGGGCCAGGCUCGCCGCCAGGCAUGACGGCCUCCAAAUCUUCCAAGUCGUCGUCGCUCAGCUCGCUCCCUUCGGAUGAUGACAGUGUGCUCGGAGAUGUCGCCCACUUCGAGGAUAUUGGGCUCGACGAUGGCCAGCCCGAUCCGCGAACCGCAUCCGACAAGCACAUCAAGAUGGCACCGCAUCGCUACGGUCCCUCCUUCUCCUCCGAUCUUCGCGCCGUUGCAAAGCGUCCGGCGUCAGCUUCGACUCCGCGGUUGCAGUACUCUCGUGAAUCUUCAAGAAGCCGUCAGAAUCGCGAUGUCACGCCAGCGCUUAAAUCCCGCCCGACUCUAACCCUGCAGAGCCAAACUCGCACCACAAAUGGUCGCGACGCCAGCCUGGGGGUUCUCCCGGAGCCCGCCACACGCCCUCUCCCGUUUCGCACUCUUGGCCGACAACCCUCCCAGACAUCCCUCAGCAGACACCGAAGUCCGAGCCCUAGCCUAUCUCUCUCUCCCCGAAAUCCGAACAUGAUGAUGAAACCACGGAGGAGUAGCUGGCAAUCGAACAGAGAGCGCAAGACGGCGUUGGAAUUGGAGAUGGAGUGUGAUGAGGACGACGGAGACGACAUCCCCGAAGGUCUUGUGCUAGACAACGUUCCUAUCUCGCCGAGGCCGCCGUCGGAAAGGUCCAACAGCCGCCCACCAUCCAAGGCGCCAUCGCCGGAGCGACCGCCUAAGGAGCGAGUGCGCAGUAUAGGAAACGGGACGCCCGCAGUUGCCGUGGCCCAGGGGUCGCUCCGCUCACCUACCUGGAAGUCGGAAUCAGCGCUUUCAACCAUGAGCUCGGCUGCUUCCAGCCGCGUCUCCAGCCCGGUGAGCUCGAGGGCCAAGGGCUGGUCCGCCGCGCUGGCUGAGCUGAAUGCGGAAGCCAAGGCGCUGACCGAGAAGCUGGAGGAGCAUGCCGAGAAGAUGGAGCAGAAAGCGCAGCAACGGUCCAGCACCGGCUCCAUGCCCAACACGAGAAGGUCAUCAGACCCGGAGGUCAAGCCGAGAGUGAAGUCGGCGAUGGCGGAGCUGCCUCCUUUGCGUCGGUCCAACAUCAUGAUCGACCCUCUCCCGAUAUCCAAAGAAAAGGAGGCCGUUCUUUCGCGCACGCGCCCCUCGUGGCUCCCACCCAAAGACCCCGCGGAGGAGCGCCGCCACUUGAAGGAGUACCAGAAGAUGAUGGCGCAGAGCCUCGAAGCCGAACGUCGCCGUCAGGCCGCCAAACGCGCCCGCUCCGAGUGCCGCGAUGUUGCCGCUGACAGCAUCAUGCACAUUUGGGAACGCGAGAUCAUCCCUCGGUGGAAUGAGGCCAUUCGCGAGCGCAGGACCCGAGAUAUGUGGUGGAGAGGCAUCGCGCCGCGCAGCCGGGGAGCUGUCUGGACCCGGGCGGUUGGAAAUGAGCUCGGCCUUACCAAGACGUCGUUCGAGGCUGCAUUGCGCCGCGCUCGGGAAGCCGAGACCAGAGCCAAGUCAGGACACGGAAGCGCGGAAGACAUGCGCGCGGUGGCGUGGUUCAACGCCAUCAGUGAGGACGUGCGGGAGCGCACAUGGCCGGAUUUGCGCAUCUUCCAGCCGGGAGGGCCACUGCACCAGAGCUUGAUCGAUGUCCUGCGCGCACAUGCAAUGUACCGCAGCGACAUCGGAUAUGUCCCAGGCUGCAAUACCAUCGCGGCCCUUCUGCUCCUCAACCUCCCGACACCGACAGAUAGCUUCAUCGCGCUCGCUAAUAUUCUUAACCGACCGCUUCCCCUCAGCUUCUAUGCGUCGGACACCGGCGCCAAGAAUUCGGCCUACAACCUCGUCCUGCACACUCUCCUCCAAAAGUCGUCCGCCCUCCACGACCACCUCACCAAACUCGCCGGUGCUGACCGCAACCUGGACGCCUUCCUCGAGAGCGUUUUCACUGGCCUCUUUACCCGCCACCUCGCCCUCGACGAGGUCACGCGCCUGUGGGACGUGUAUGUGUUCGAGGGCGACGCGCUGCUCGUGCGCGCGGCCGUGGCGCUCCUGCUACAGCACGAGAUGGCCCUGCUAGCAGCCGGAUCCGUCGCCGAGGUGCAGGCCGUGCUGCUCGGCGGGUCGGUCGUGGUUGUCCCCGCGGCUCCCGCUUCUCCUUCGGCCGACGGCUCGGCCUCCACGGGCGGGGGCGCGCGCCUCUCGGUAAUCUCGCCGCCGCCCAAGAGCCCGCGCGUUGUGGGCGGACAGGGCGAUGAGGAGAGGUGGAUGACAGCCGUGCGGGAGGCGGGCAAAGUCUAAAAUUUCCAGGGGCUUGACCUCGCUGGAUGAGGCUCCUGUGGUUCGUUACGGUAUAAAGCACAACGCAAAAUGAAGUAUACAUACAGCGACAGAGUUGCGGCGUCUUAAAACAAAGCGAGUGGUUUUAUCGGUCCUUCGGCGUUGUUCGGCUUCCCUUGGGCUCUAUUUCCUCCGUUACCUUUUUUUUUCUUUGGGUAGCGGGCUUGUGGCUGAGGCCGAGAUUUCAUCCGUUUAUUUAUUCCUUUUUUUUCUCUUCUGUUCUUCCUUAUUUUGGGCACUGGCUUUCUUCGAUCUUGCUAUCUUCUCUUCAUUUUCCUAAGCUUCUUACUUCGUUCUACUGCCCACCUCUUCCAAGGCUACCAUACCCGCCUUUGUGGCUGGCUGGGUUAUUGUUUAUACUUAAUAUUCGACGGUGCCACCUGGCGUGGCUGUUGGGGCGAGUGUUUUGGGGUGACCUUUUAU